GUAGACUUGAACUAAGAGCGAGGUCAGUAUAAAAGCAUCUACCAGAGAAUUCUUAGUUUAGUAGCAAAUCAGACAUGAAACUAGUUAUCGUACUUGUGCUCCUCGGCUGGAUCGCCGUUGUACACUCUGUUGGCCUUAACCAGGUGUUAUCGAGAAAACCCUCAUCUAAUGAGCCAAAUAAUCAACCGUUGUCUGAGGAGGUGAAACCGAGCCUUAAGCAAUGCAAACCCGUCGAGACUUCGAGUUCAAAGCCAAAUGAUCUGACCAAUGGUACAAUUCCUCCUAAAGACGCCAGCACCGAAAGACCAAGUUCUACCGAAACUAAUAUACCUUUUAAAGGCACUUCCACCCUUAGCCCUAUCUUAAAAAAACUUGUACCCUUACCUACUCAUGAACCAAAAGUAACCCCAAGCACGACCAAAGUCAACUUGAAAAACGAAGAUACAAAUUUAGAUGAUUGCCAACCUAUUCCCGAGGGUGUGGGAUCACGAUUGGAUGCCCAAACUUUAAGAACCCUCGUUACUAAGCACUUACCCCAAAGGAUAUAGCUAUGUGAACCAUGAAUACAACGCUUACAAUAUAAAAUCAAUUUUCUUUAUUUUAAUAAAAUGCAUCUGUAUAAAAACAAAGAAAAUUAUAUCUUGACCUUAAUUGAUUCCUAGAACGUCAUGCUGUUUUCAUCAUAAUAUACCUAACAUUGUAAACCCGUUUUCAUAUAGAUGGGGAAACUAUUAAGAGCGAGUUCAGUAUAAAACCCACAGCCAGAGAGUUUAAGCUUUAGUAUAGAAUCAAAUAUGCAACUGAGUAUUAUACGAGUAUUUGUGCUUCUUGGCUUCGCCGCCGUUGUAAAUUCAUAUGGCACAAGUCAACCGAUUUGGAUGUCAUCAAAAAAUCCAGAAUCUGAUGAUAACUUUGUUCAGUCUUCGUCCAAGGAGGUAACACGGAAUUUUAAGCAAUGCAAACCCAUUGAGACUACGAGUUCGGAGCCAAGUGAACAGUCCACCAGUACAAAUACACCCGGAGACGCCACCUCAAGAAGAAUUGUACCCUUACCUACUCUAUCCCCCAAACCCGUUGAGACUACAAGUUCGAAGCCAAGUAUACUGCCCAGUAGUGCAACUAGUCUUGAGGACGCCAUUUUAAGAAAGCUUGUUCCUCUGCCAACUCUAGCUCCCAGUUCCACUACAAGUACAACGGAGCUUAAUAGUGGAGUAUUAAACGAACGGAGGAUUGUACCCCUACCUACUCUUGAACAAACUUCCACAGCAAGCCCUUUGGAAAUCGAUAGUGGAGAAGAUAAAAAUGGCCUAAGACGCUUAAUACCUUUGUCGACAAGAUUAUUGUUAGUCUUCAGGGAUAAAGUUGAAAAUGUACCCAGCACCAUCGCAAGAAAACUUGUACCUUUACCUACUCCUAAACCAACUUCCACCACAAGCACAACCGAUGUCAGCUUGGAAAACAGUGACCAAAUUCCGGAUGAUUGCGAACCCCUUCCGGAAGGUUUGGGAUCACGAUUGAAUGGUCAAACUCUAAAAACACUUGUUAAAACUCAAUUGGGCUAGAUAAGUUUAUUAUAUAAAAAACCUUUGAUAAAAAUGAAAUAAAUAAAAUACCAUCUGUAUAUCUGUACCUUCAAAGAAUAA